GGGUGUGUGGGGCUGUCAAUGCUGCUGCCUCAUAUAUAGCAGGAUCUCAGCCUUGCAGCUGCUGCAGUCAACAUACAGCAGCCAGCACAGGGGCACGGGGGGCAUCCAGGGCGCCUGGCACGCCCCCCAACUGGGGGCCUGGAGGGUCAUCAGAACGCACUCCCCUCCUUGGGCCUCCUCGGCCUCCGUCCGUCUGCCCCAGGUGAAGCGAGUAUCCCUCCGCCGCCGCCGCCACCACCACCCCCACCCCCCAUUGCUGGGCUGGGCUCAGCUCGGCAGCCCUACAGUCCCCGGAUGGAAACUGUUAUGGCCGCCAAUUGUGACUCGGAGGGCUAUGGAGACGGGCAAGAUCCUUCUCUUAAGUAUUUCUCCUGACUGUGGCCUUUUCUGAUCGUUGUAUUUUUAUGCCUUUCAUUCUUGUGGAAGAAAAAUGUUGAAAAGGCAAAUGAAGAAUUGAAAUCUAAUCUUUCCCUUCUGAGGAAAUUAAAAUGGAGAAAGUCCUGGAACUCUGAAGAUAUUUCUGCAUAACAGGCUUGUCUGCUGCACAAAUUACAAAAACUCACAAGAUCUCCCUAAAACAAAAUAAGGACUAUUUUAAAACCAUGCCAUCUGAAAAGGAACAAAUUUUUUGUGAUAAAAAGCCAACUACUUUACAAGAUAAUGAUGCAAAGAAACUUUGUGUUUGUAUUCCAGAUAAUGCUGUGGAAAAAGUAUUGGUGAAUGAUACUAGAAGUGUAAUGCCUCCACCGCUGAUUUUAGAUGUCAAUCUUUCUUAUGGACUGAAAAAUGUGAAAAUUGAUUUGCCCAAAGUGAACAUUCCAAAUGAAGUGGUAUUGAAACAUGAAGUUGAUAGAUUCAGGAAAUUAUUUCAGUGUAAACAGCAAACUGCAAGAAAAUCUUUAAGUCAAGAGAAAGUAAAUGGAAGUCAUCUAAAUUGUUCAGAGAGCUACAAUUUGCAAAGUAAACCAGAAGUGCAGUUUGAAGAAGAGGGUUUGAAAACUUCAGCAAAGAUACUGAAUUUCACCUGUACAAAAUGUAGAGACAAAACUAGAUAUAGCCCAAAUGAUCUACAGAAACACUUUCAACUGUUACACUAUGGAGAGUUGCCUUCGUAUCCUUGUGAAAUGUGCAAUUUUUCAGCCAAUGACUUCCAGUUGUUUAAACAACAUCGCCGCAUCCAUCGCAGCACUUUAGUAAAAUGUGAGAUUUGUAAUGAUGAGCAUAUAUAUACCCUGUUGGACUUGACAAAACACUUCACAUCAAAGCAUUGUAUAAAUGGCCAUUUUCAAUGUGAAAAGUGUGGGUUUUCUACCCGAGAUGUGGGCACAUUUGUUCAGCACAUUCAUAGACAUAAUGAAAUCCAAUAUAAAUGUGGUAAAUGCCAUCAUGUCAGCUUUACAAAAGGGGAGUUUCAGGAGCAUCUUCUUGUUCACACUGGUGCAUUUCCUUUCAGUUGUCAGUAUUGCAACUAUAGUGCACCACGGAAGGAUUACCUUUUAAAGCAUGUAAUAGCUUUGCAUAGAGAUCACUUAUAUGCAAAAGAUAAACUGGAGAAAGAUAAAUGUGAAAAAAGAAUAGUAAAGACUCCAGCAGGGCUCAAGCUUAUUUUGAGAAGGUACAAAACAGGAGCAUCAAGGAAAGCACUUUGGAGACGGAAAAAGAUUAACAAUGGAAAUGACAAAACUGAAGAGCAAAAUGCACAAGUGCUUAGGAAUUUGAAUAAAAUUCAACCCAAAUCUGAAGAGCUAAACCAGUCUGUGAAGGAGCUGCAUAUGAAUGAAGAAAAAGAUCAAAUUAUACAUAAUGAAAAGCAUAAUCUGCAAGGUGGAACAUUGUCGCCUAUCACCAUGCAAUACAACAAAGCAGAAGAUGGGUCAAGUUUUGGUUUGGGAUUAUUGAAAAAUGCUGUUCAUGGACCUACAGUUCUGAUGGUGAAAAAUAAUAAAAUAUCUGUUCCAGCAAACUACAGUGCUAAAUUUAUGGGAUUUAAGAUGGUGGACGGAAAACAGCAUAUUGUAAUAAAAUUGUUGCCUACAAAUAAACAGAACGUGUACUUAUCGGGACAAAAAUCUGAUGCCUCAGCUGAUUCUUUGCUACAAACUGCUGAUACUUUUGGCUUGUCUUCAGGUGCUACAUCACAUGUAACUAAUCAUCAGACUCUGAAGAAUAAUUCUGUUCAUCCAUUAACCUCCACUCCAUUUUCAUUUUCUACUCCUUGUUCAGGAAAAGCAAAAGCAGAAAAACAAAAUAAUACUUUAUCACAUGGUAAGAAUAUUUCUCAGACUGUAGAAUCUCCCACUGUAGUUAUAGGAAAGAAUGCAACUCAUUUGCCAAUGAAGCCUGGAUCAACUGCACCUCCAUAUGACUUGGUGACAAAGGUUGGAACUAGGGGUAAUGUUCUCUCAUGGGAAAGUUGUAUUGCUCACAGUCGUCCUCAGGUAUUAUCUCCCACAGUUACAAAUACACUUCAUUAUGACCCCAUGAAAAUGCCCUUCCCUACUGAAUUUAAAACACAAAAUGGUGGAGUGAGCAAUAACAGUGGACCUAAUCAUCUCUACUAUCCAUCAGUUGAUUCAUCUAACCAGGGACUACUGCCUUUUCAUAAUUACUCUAAAAUAGACUCUUCAGAUAAUCCAUGUAGCAUUUGGAUGCCAACAGAUGACAAACCUAAAGACUUUAUGUCCAGCAAAAUGUUUCUUCUUCAAAACAGCUUGAGAAGUGACUCUACAGCCUCAUUUUCACAGUCAGCGAGAGGUCUAAAUCCUGAAAAAUGUGUAUCAUCCCAGUUAAAUAUUAAUUCAGUUUAUGGACAUGUAAACACUAAGAAUAAUUCUUUGUCUUCAAGAAACCAAUCUAAAUGUGCUAUUGACAGACAGUGUUUUACAGAAAAAUGGCAUGGUGGUAGCAAACAGUAUUUGGACACUAAUAUAAACCAAGUGUUUGAAAAUGUAGCUGAGAAAUCUAAAGCAGAAAAUAUUUCAGAUUGUUCUAAUUCAUCCCUUAUGCCUAAAAUCACAUCAGUUUUCUCAUUACAUAGUAAACAAGCAUCCAAUUAUUUGUCACCUGAAGUAAACCAAUUACUUCAAGACGUGCUAAAAGUAAAAUCAACUACUCAGCAAGAAUCUCACAAUAAGUUAAAUACAUGCAUAAAACUUCAUUGUGAUGAGUCAUUUUCAUGUCAUCAGACAGACAGUAAAACUUUUACACACUUAAAGGACUCAACUGCAUGUAGUUUAGCCAGUUCUUCUAAUGUAGGUGUUCAUAUCUCUAAGAGAGAGUUGAACAUGAAAUGUAGCACAAUAAGUGAAGGUAUAUAUUUUGGGAAAGAAAGACAGGCACCAAUGACAUCACUUGAUGCAGAAGAAAUGGAUAAGUUAUCUAGAACUGCGGGUGUUGGUACAUUGCUUAAAACUCAUACUGAUGCAAUCAUAACACAGCAGUUGGUAAAGGAUAGGAUGCGAUCUACCACCCAGAAUCCUAGCGGCUUCUCACCAGUUCUUCCAGAACAGAAGAAAACACUUCUAGUUCAGUCACCUCCACCAGGAUUUCUUGUACCUUUGCAUCUUGCUAACCAACCAAGCUUACAAGUUGUUUCAGGAAAACCUCUCCCAUCAGCGAGUUCAUCAGAUGUUCAUUUGACUAAAAGCAUACCUGCAUCCUUCCUUUUAAAUAAAGGACCUGGAAUGAUAUUGACAUUUAGUAACGGGACACUUGGUACAGUUACAAAUGUCACUGGUAAUAGCUCUCAGCUUUUAGGGAGAGUUGCAUCUAAAGAGUAUGGUAAAAUAACAGUACCGACUUCAAAGAUCGAAUUGAAAAAUGACAGUGUUAGAAGUGUAAGUAAUUCCUCUGGUGUUAGCACUGCAUCUGAUGGGGCAGUAAGUGAUUUGUCAAAUAGCGUGCCAUUCAAAGCACCUCUUUUAAUUACAAAUUCAGCUGAUUCUUCUAUGAAAGGAAUUUCUUCUGAAAAAAUGUUACCAGAACAUCAUGGCACGGUGUUUGGUUCCUUGGAGUCAGUAAAACAACAGGAGAUUCCCCAGAAGCAGCCUGUUUAUGCGCUUUUGCCUGAUGGACGACAGGCAGUUUUUCUGAAAUGUAUGACGCCAAACAAGCCUGUGGUUCAGAAACAUAAUGUUGUUCAAGAUAAUGCUUAUAAUCAAAAUUGUCAACCAAAGAAAACUGGAGCCAUGCAACAAAAGCUUUUGCUGAAAGUUAAGACCUCUACUUCUGAUGCAACUACUGAUCUAAAACAAUCAGUUAGCAACUCGGUGCCCUCACUACAAUUGGAUAAAAUGCAGUCCUUUAAAAGUCCUGCACUAGGGCAGAAACAGACUAUUCUUACUUCUAGUGAUGCCUUAUUUUUACCAGGUAGAUUGAUGCCAGCAAAUCCCUCUUUGGCAGGCUCUAAUUGUGUACUUCCUGUAGAACCUGUACAUUCCACUAAGCCUCCAGGGGCAUGGUCGCAAAAGUGUUCAGUUAAUUCUAGACAAGCAGUAAUUGCUAACAAAGGGAAUAGUUAUGGUAGUCAAAAGUCCACGUGGAACACCAGAAACAAACUUUCAAAAGUCAAACCUCACUUAAAACAAACUGGUCAUAAAAGUUCUGAAGCUGUGGUUUCACAAAGAAACAAGAAUUCCAAACGAAAAACUAAGCAUGAUUUCCAGGAACCCCCUAGAAAGAAAAUAAUGUUGCACAGGAAGUGCAAAGAAAAGAAUCAAACUGAAGUUGUUAGCAAAUCAAGUGGCCCUUACAGACCAAGGGCAUCAAAGGAAACUGUGAGGACUUUGAAACUACUUCCUUUUAAUUCUAAACAACUUGUAAAAUGUCCUCGGAGAAAUCAGCCAGUUGUAGUACUGAACCAUCCUGAUGCAGACGUUCCGGAAGUUGUAAAUGUAAUGAAAACUAUUGCUAAAUUUAAAGGACAUGUUCUUAAGGUCUCAUUGUCAAAAAGAACUAUUGAUGCUCUUCUGGAACCGGCAUACUGCAGUACUUUGGACAUUGCUACUGAGGAUCUCUCUCGAAGGAGGCACAGGAUGAUAAAACCUGUUAGUCCUGUAAAAGAAAGAUUUGUGUUAAAACUAACACUGAAAAAGACAAGCAAAAACAAUUAUCAGAUUGUGAAAACUACCUCUGAUAAUACCUUGAAAGCUAACUUUAGCUGCUGGUUUUGUGGUAGGAUAUUUGACAAUCAAGAUAAUUGGGUAGGGCAUGGACAGAGACAUUUGAUGGAAGCUACUCGAGAUUGGAAUUCAUUAGUAUAAUCUUGAUUAGUGAAGAAAGCAAAAAUUAAAUACCUUACAGUACUCAUUUUAAAAAGAACCAAGUUGAAUUAUGAUACAGAGGUUAUUUAGGUAUGGUAUAUAAAUACAAAACAAAAUUUUAAAAUAAUGCAAAAUGAUAGCAUCAAAUGUUGAGAUACAACAAAGAACUGUGGGUUAGAUAUCGUAUAACUAAUUGCAAUUACAGUACCAUAAAACUUCAAAUAUUUUUUAUUGCUAUCAUGUCCUAUAUUUUUAUUAUUCAAUAGAAUGAGUUCACAGGAUUUUUGUUCUGUACAUAUUAAAAAACCUAAACAUGUAAAUAUUUUUGUACUGCUCAGUUACUUGCUAUAAAUCAUGCACAGAAUUUUUUUCCCUUUUCAGUUCUGUGCAUGCACUACUAAAACUGAUUUAAAGGUUUUUCAACUACACACAGCUAUUAUCCAUGGGUUUUUUGUUGUUUUCAAUUUGAAUUGUUUUUGAUUUUGCUUUUUCAGGGAUUGAACACUAUUGUUAGCAAGUGCCUAAAAGAUGUGAAACAGUUUACAUCAUGUCAACUGUAUAACCAUAGGUCCAAAUAGGACCAUUUCCCCAAUAGUUUCAUUUAAACAAAGCCAUAUGUGAAUGCUUUAAGCUGUAUUGCUAUGCACAUGACACUUGUACUAUUUCUGUGCAGUUUGUCUACUUUCUUAGUGAAGUAUUUUUCAUAUAAAUUAAUAAAACAUGUUACAAUUGUGGUUAAUACAUUGAGCCUGAGAAUGGAAUCAGUUGGAAAUAUACAGUAUAUAUUCAUAAUGUAUAUGGUGUUUAAGAAUGGUGAACAUUCCUAAUCUGUAUUGAUUCUCAUCAAUAUUAAAUUUGCUAUAACUGUG